UGAUCUCCUUGGAUCUUUAAAACAUAGUUUUUUGUUGCAGCGACACGCUUAAUCGUUUUAUUUUUGUGCGCCUCGCUGUCCGUUUUUUUUUUCUUGACGCACGAAUUCAGUGCGUUUUCCAGCAGAGAUCAUUGUGCGACCGCAGGUCGGGAGGAUGACAGCUCGAGCGUACUGCUCGCUGAUUGCUGUUUUAUCAUGUCUGUCUGGAUACUUGCGCAUAACCGAUGCCACAAUGAGCUUCCCAACACUGGUGGCCGGUUUCUGUCCGAUGAAGCUGACGGUCGUGCCGUCCCGUCGAGGAUGUUUUUUUGAUGGAGACUGCUCUGGAGGACACAAAUGCUGUAUGUUUGAGUCAGGACCUGCGUGCGUGCCGCCUGUUUCCAUGACCUUCCCAACAAUUGUGGCCGGUUUCUGUCCGAUAAAGCUGACGGUCGUGCCGUCCCGUCGAGGAUGUUUUUCUGAUGGAGACUGCUCUGGAGGAGACAAAUGCUGUAUAUUUGAGUCGGGGCCUGCGUGCGUGCCGCCUGUUUCCAUGGAUAGAAUUAUUCAGCAGUCAUGGAUGAAGCCAGGACUGUGUCCACCCCCAACCAAUGGAAGAAGAUCGUGUACCUCAUCCUGUGACGGUGACUCUGACUGUCCCAACAAUGAGAAAUGCUGCAGCAAUGGAUGUGGACAUUACUGUACGGCUCCAUAUACAGUGAAGCCGGGUCAAUGUCCCAAACCAAAGAACGCUCCAGAAUGUGCUGAAAGCUGUUUCCAUGAUGGCCAGUGUCCUUACACACAGAAGUGUUGCCCAACCACCUGUGGCCAUGCAUGCAGUGAACCAGAUGAAGGAAAUGGUCAGGGAAGUGGUUACGCAAGUGUUCAUGUAAGUGUUCAGGGAGGUGAUCAUGGAAGUGGUUAUGUGAGUAUUCAGACAAGUGAUCGUGGAAGUAGUUCUGGAAGUGAUAAGGCUCAGGGAAGUAGUUCUGGAAGUGGAGGUGGUUCUGGAAGUGGAAGUAGUUCUGGAAGUGGGAGUAGUUCUGGAUUUGGUUCUGGAAGUGGAAGUAGUUCUGGGAGUGGAAGCGGUCAGGCUCAGGGAAGUAGUUCUGGAAGUGUAGGUGGUUCUGGAAGUGGAAGUAGUUCUGGAUUUGGUUCUGGAAGUGGAAGUAGUUCUGGAACUGGUUCUGGAAGUGGAACUAUUUCUGGAAGCAGUCAUGCUCAGGGAAGUGGUUCUGGAAGUGGAAGUAGUUCUGGAUUUGGUUCUGGAAGUGGAAGUAGUUCUGGAACUGGUUCUGGAAGUGGAAGUAGUUCUGGAACUGGUUCUGGAAGUGGAAGUAGUUAUGGAUCUGGUUCUGGAAGUGGAACUAUUUCUGGAAGCAGUCAUGCUCAGGGAAGUGGUUAUGGAAGUGGAACUAGUUAUGGAAGUGGAAGUAGUUAUGGAAGUGGUUCUGGAAGUGAAACUGGUUCUGGAAGUGGUCAGGCUCAGGGAAGUAGUUCUGGAAGUGCAAGUAGUUCUGGUAGUGGAACUGGUUCUGGAAGUGGAAGCAGUCAGGCUCAGGGAAGUAGUUCUGGAAGUGGAAGUAGUUCUGGAUUUGGUUCUGGAAGUGGAAGUAGUUCUGGAACUGGUUCUGGAAGUGGAACUAUUUCUGGAAGUGGUUAUGGAAGUGGAAGUAGUUCUGGAAGUGGAAGUAGUUCUGGAUUUGGUUCUGGAAGUGGAAGUAGUUCUGGAUUUGGUUCUGGAAGUGGAAGUAGUUCUGGAAGUGGAACUAUUUCUGGAAGCAGUCAUGCUCAGGGAAGUGGUUAUGGAAGUGGAACUAGUUAUGGAAGUGGAAGUAGUUCUGGAUUUGGUUCUGGAAGUGGAAGUAGUUCUGGAUUUGGUUCUGGAAGUGGAAGUAGUUCUGGAUUUGGUUCUGGAAGUGGAAGUAGUUAUGGAACUGGUUCUGGAAGUGGAACAAGUUCUGGAAGUGGAACUAUUUCUGGAAGCAGUCAUGCUCAGGGAAGUGGUUAUGGAAGUGGAACUAGUUAUGGAAGUGGAAGUAGUUAUGGAAGUGGUUCUGGAAGGGGAAGUAGUUCUGGAAGUGGAACUGGUUCUGGAAGGGGAACUAUUUCUGGAAGCAGUCAUGCUCAGGGAACUGGUUCUGGAAGUGGAAGUAGUUAUGGAAGUAGUUCUGGUAGUGGAACUGGUUCUGGAAGUGGAAGCAGUCAGGCUCAGGGAAGUAGUUCUGGAAGUGGAAGUAGUUCUGGAUUUGGUUCUGGAAGUGGAACUGGUUCUGGAAGUGGAACUAUUUCUGGAAGCAGUCAUGCUCAGGGAAGUGGUUAUGGAAGUGGAACUAGUUAUGGAAGUGGAAGUAGUUAUGGAAGUGGUUCUGGAAGGGGAAGUAGUUCUGGAAGUGGAACUGGUUCUGGAAGUGGAACUGGUUCUGGAAGUGGAACUAUUUCUGGAAGCAGUCAUGCUCAGGGAACUGGUUCUGGAAGUGGAAGUAGUUAUGGAAGUAGUUCUGGAAGUGAAACUGGUUCUGGAAGUGGUCAGUCUCAGGGAAGUAGUUCUGGAAGUGGUUAUGGAAGUGGAAGUGCAAGUGCAAGUAGUUCUGAAACUGGUUCUGGAAGUGGAACUAUUUCUGGAAGUGGAACAAUUUCUGGAAGUGGUCAGUCUCAGGGAAGUAGUUCUGGAAGUGGUUAUGGAAGUGGAAGUAGUUCUGAAAGUGGAACUGGUUCUGGAAGUGGUUAUGGAAGUGGAAGUGCAAGUAGUUCUGGAACUGGUUCUGGGAGUGGAACUAGUUCUGGAAGUAGAGGCGAUCAAAGAAGCAGUCAUGCUCAGGGAAGUAGUUCUGGAAGUGGAAGUAGUUAUGGAAGUGGAAGUGGUCAGUCUCAGGGAAGUAGUUCUGGAAGUAGUUAUGGAAGUGGUUCUGGAAGUGGAACUGGUUCUGGAAGUGGUCAGUCUCAGGGAAGUAGUUCUGGAAGUGGAACUGGUUCUGGAAGUGGUCAGUCUCAGGGAAGUAGUUCUGGAAGUGGUUAUGGAAGUGAAACUAGUUAUGGAAGUGGAAGUGGUCAGGCUCAGGGAAGUAGUUCUGGAAGUGGAAGUAGUUAUGGAAGUGGUUCUGGAAGUGCAAGUAGUUAUGGAACUGGUUCUGGAAGUGGAAGUAGUUAUGGAAGUGGAAGUGGUCAGUCUCAGGGAAGUAGUUCUGGAAGUGGAAGUGAUUAUGUAAGUGGAACUAGUUAUGGUAGUGGAAGCGGUCAGGCUCAGGGAACUGGUUCUGGAAGUGGAACUGCUUCUGGAAGUGGUCAGUCUCAGGGAAGUAGUUCUGGAAGUGGUUAUGGAACUGGAAGUGGAACUAGUUCUGGAAGUAGAAGCGAUCAGGGAAGCAGUCAUGUCCAGGGAAGUAGUUCUGGAAGUGGUUCUGGAAGUGCAAGUAGUUCUGGAAGUGGUUAUGGAGGUGGAACUAGUUAUGGAAGUGGAAGCCGUCAGGCUCAGGGAAGUAGUUAUGGAAGUGGUUCUGGAAGUGCAAGUAGUUAUGGAAGUAGUUCUGGAAGUGGAAGUGGUUAUGGAAGUGGAACUAGUUAUGGAAGUGGAAGCGGUCAGGCUCAGGGAACUGGUUCUGGAAGUGGAACUGAUUCUGGAAGUGGUCAGUCUCAAGGAAGUAGUUCUGGAAGUGGUUCUGGAAGUGCAAGUAGUUCUGGAAGGGGUCAGUCUCAGGGAAGUAGUUCUGGAAGUGGUUAUGGAGGUGGAACUAGUUAUGGAAGUGGAAGCGGUCAGGCUCAGGGAAGUAGUUAUGGAAGUGGUUCUGGAAGUGGAAGUAGUUCUGGAAGUGGAAGUGGUUAUGGAAGUGGAACUAGUUAUGGAAGUGGAAGCGGUCAGGCUCAGGGAACUGGUUCUGGAAGUGGAACUGAUUCUGGAAGUGGUCAGUCUCAGGGAAGUAGUUCUGGAAGUGGUUAUGGAACUGGAAGUGGAACUAGUUCUGGAAGUAGAAGCGAUCAGGGAAGCAGUCAUGUUCAGGGAAGUAGUUCUGGAAGUGGUCAGUCUCAGGGAAGUAGUUCUGGAAGUGGAAGUGGUUAUGGAAGUGGAAGUGGUCAAUCUCAGGGAAGUAGUUCUGGAAGUGGAAGUGCAAGUAGUUCUGGAAGUAGUUCUGGAAGUGGAACUGGUUCUGGAAGUGGUUAUGGAAGUGCAAGUAGUUCUGGAACUGGCUCUGGAAGUGGAACUAGUUCUGGAAGUAGAAGUGAUCAGGGAAGCAGUCAUACUCAGGGAAGCAGUUCUGGAAGUGCAAGUAGUUCUGGAAGAGGAAGUGGUCAGUCUCAGGGAAGUAGUUCUGGAGGUGGAAGCGGUCAGGCUCAGGGAAGUAGUUCUGGAAGUGCAAGUAGUUCUGGAAGUGGUUAUGGAAGUGGAAGUGCAAGUAGUUCUGCAACUGGUUCUGGAAGUGGAACAAGUUCUGGAAGUAGAAGUGAUCAGGGAAAUGGUCAGGCUCAGGGAACUGAUUCUGGAAGUGAAACUAGUUCUGGAAGUGAUCAGGGAGGCAGUCAAGCUCAGGGAAGUAGUUCUGGAAGUGGAGGCGAUCAGGGAAGCGGUCAAGCUCAGGGAAGUAGUUCUGGAAGUGGAAGCGAUCAGGAAAGCGGUCAAGCUCAGGAAAGUGGUUAUGGAAGUGGAAGUAGUUCUGGAAGUGGAAGUGAUCAGGAAAGUGGUCAAGCUCAGGAAAGUGGUCAAGCUCAGGGAAGUGGAAGCGAUCAGGAAAGUGGUUAUGGAAGUGGAAACAAUCAGGGAAGUAGUUCUGGAAGUGGUUAUGGAAACAGUCAACAUCAGGGAAGUAGUUAUGGAAGUGGAAGCGAUCAGAGAAGUGGUUAUGGAAACGGUCAACGUCAGGGAAGUAGUUCUGGAAGUGGAUAUGGGAGCAGUCAUGGUCAGGGAAGUGGUUAUGGAAGCAGUCAACGUCAGGGAAGUAGUUAUGGAAGGGGAAGCAAUCAGGGAAUUAGUUUUGGAAGUGGUUAUGGAAAAGGAUAUGGAAGCAGUCAAGGUCAGGGAAGUAGUUAUGGAAGUCGACGUGAUCAGGGAAGUAGUUCUGGAAGUGGUUAUGGAAGUGGAUAUGGAAGCAGUCAAGGUCAGGGAAGUAGUUAUGGAAGUCGACGCGAUCAGGGAAGUGGUCAUGGAAGUGGACAACGUCACGGAAGUAGUUAUGGAAGUGAUCAUGGAAGGGGUCAACAUCAGGGAAAAAGUUAUGGAAGUGUUCAUGGAAGCGGUCAACAUCAGCGAAGCGAUCAGGGAAGUGCUUAUGAAAGCAGUCAAGCUGAGGGAAGCGAUUAGGGAAAUUGUCAGGGAUGUGGUCAUUGAAAUGGGCACUUUGCAUAACCCUUACUGGAGAUUCUUUUCAUUUGUUUUCCUGUUUGCUUAGUUUAGAAAGACCCCCCCCCCCCCAUCAAAUAAAAAUUGAUUU